GACCAGAAGACUCUGGAUGAGCUGACUCGGGGCAGCAAGACUGUAGAAGAGGUUACCCAGAUGGAUUCUGUGAAGAGAUAUCUUGAAGGCUCUAGUAGCAUUGCAGGAGUGUUUGUUACAUCAAAGACUGAUCCUUCCCAAAAAGAAAAGCUGACCAUCUAUGAUGCCAUGUUGAAACGUAUACUGAGACCUGGAACAGCAUUGAUUCUCCUUGAAGCACAGGCAGCUACAGGAUUUGUGAUCGACCCUAUUCAGAACAAAAAGCUUUCGGUAGAGGAGGCCUUAACUGCAGGGCUGAUUGGACACGAUAUAUAUGCUAAACUUGUGUCUGCCGAAAGAGGGGUCACUGGCUAUAAGGACCCCUACACUGAAGAGAAAAUCUCUCUCUUUCAGGCUAUGAAGAAAGAUCUCAUUGUUAAGGAUCAUGGCAUACGUCUCCUGGAAGCCCAGAUUGCCACUGGUGGAAUUAUUGACCCAGUACACAGUCAUCGUGUGCCUGUGGAGGUAGCAUACAAACGUGGCUACUUUGAUGAAGAAAUGAACCACAUCCUCUCUGAUCCCUCUGAUGACACAAAGGGAUUCUUCGAUCCCAAUACUCACGAGAAUCUCACCUAUUUGCAGCUGAUCCAAAGAUGCGUCAAAGAUCCGGAGACUGGUCUGUAUAUGCUGGAU